AUGAGUUGUCAGAAUGCUGAUUUUGAUUGGCAGUACAAGACAGUACCACAAAGUGAUUCACAUUACGCUUCUGUAAAUCAACAGAGUAAUUGGCCAAGAGGAAAAGUUCUUGGUGGUUGUAGUAGUAUCAAUGGCAUGCUAUACGUACGUUGUAAUAAAACCGAUUAUGAUCAAUGGUCAUCUCAAUAUGGUUGUACGGGAUGGAGUUAUAGUGAUAUGCUGCCUUAUUUUAUUAAAUUAGAACGUGCUCAUCAUAGUAUACCAAAGUCUUCAUAUCGUAAUCAUAGUGAGCAAGGUAUGAUGGAUGUAACAAGACUUGAAUAUUUUUCACCAUUAACAUCACUAUUUAUUGAAUCAUGUAUUAAUAAUGGUAUUCAAUAUAAUGACGAUUAUAAUGGUGAAACUAUGAAUGGUGUUAGUCUAUCACAAGUAACGAUACAAAAUGGAAAACGUUGGAGUGUUGCUUCUGGUUACUUAUUACCCGCAAUUAAACGUGAAAAUUUACAUAUUCUUAUACAUGCACACGUAUGUCGGGUGACAUUUGAUAAAAGCAAAAAUGCUACAGGUGUUAUUAUUAUUACAGAAAAAAACAAAGAGGAACAAUAUAUCAGAAUUAAACCUGAUAUUGGUGAGGUGAUCCUAUCAGCUGGUACGGUGGGUAGUCCACAUAUAUUAUUACUAUCUGGGAUUGGCCCUAAAGAACAAUUAGAAAAAUUCAAUAUUUCUGUAACUGUUGAUCUUCCAGGAGUUGGUAAAAAUUUACAAGAUCACAUGAUGACACCAAUGUAUUACCUGUGUAGAAUACCAACAUUAUCUAGAGCUGAUUUAACCGAAGCAAACUUAACACAAUGGUCUACAGAAGGACGGGGAAUAUUAUCAGAUUGUGGUCUGGAAGCUUUGGCAUGGUUAAGGAUGAAUAGCGGACUCGAAUCAAGUAAGUGUCAUUCGAACCACUGA